AAGAGGAGGCGGGGGGUUGAGGAGGCGGGGAGAGCGAGAACAAGUGUGCCGCUCAAACGCCAGCAGAGCGCUGCGAGGGAUAGACGAGCGUCAAUGCAACAUCAAAGUACACGAGGACGUGCAAGAGGAGGAUUUCAUCUUCGCUUGUCUUGAUUUCUAAAUAUCGAUCACAAUAAAUAAGUCUUGCUUGGCCUCUCUGAUGAGUGGAAUUCAGCGAGAAUUGACGGAGGCUCGCGCGGCGGCGGGCAACGACGUGCACGCGCACGGCUGAAAGCAUCAUGAAGCAGUAUUUGUGGAUAGUAACUUUGCUCGUCACUUUGCUGCCAGCGCCGUGCGUUCGCUUUUCCCAGGAGCCAGCCGACCAGUCCGUGGUCCUGGGUGAGCGCGUGGUCCUCUCCUGCGUGGUCUUCAACUACAGCGGCAUCGUGCAGUGGACCAAAGAUGGCCUGGCACUGGGCGUGGGCGAGGGCCUCCGAGCGUGGCCACGGUACCGAGUGCUGCGCGCUCUGGACACGGGCCAGUACAACCUGGAGAUCUCCCACGCCGAGCUGUCGGACGACUCGCUGUACGAGUGCCAGGCGACCGAGGCCGCCCUGCGCUCACGCAGGGCCAAACUCAACGUCCUCAUCCCGCCCGAAGACCCCGUGGUGGAGGGCACCCCGGAGCUGCUGCUCAUGGCCGGCACGCCGCACAACCUCACCUGCGUCACCCGCGGCGCCAAGCCGGCUGCGCACAUCCAGUGGCUCAAGAACGGGCUGCCCGUCGACGGCGCCCACCAGUCCACGGAAGUGCUGCCAGACCGCAAGAGGGUGACCACCAGGAGCUACCUGCCCAUUGUGCCGCUGGACACGGACAGCCACAGCAACUUCACCUGCGUGGCCAGCAACCCGGCCGUGCCCACGGGCAAGCGGGUCAACAUCAUGCUCAACGUGCACCAUCCGCCGACGGUGACGCUGUCCAUCGAGCCUCACUCGGUGCUGGAGGGCGAGAGGGUCACCUUCACCUGCCAGGCCAUGGCCAACCCCCCCAUCAUGGGCUUUAGGUGGGCCAAGGGCGGCGUGCUACUCGAGGGCGCCCGAGAGAGCGUGUUUGCCACCACGGCCGACCACUCCUUCUUCACCGAGCCCGUGUCCUGUCAGGUGUUCAACGCGGUGGGCACCACCAACGUCAGCAUACUGGUGGACGUCCACUUCGGACCCAUCCUGGUGGUAGAACCGCGACCCAUUGCGGUGGACGUGAACUCUGACGUCACCCUGAACUGCAAGUGGUCUGGAAACCCUCCGCUCACCCUCACCUGGACCAAGAAGGGCUCCAACAUGGUGCUCAGUAACAACAACCAGCUGUACUUGAAGUCGGUGAGCCAGGCGGACGCCGGCCAGUAUGUGUGCAAGGCCAUCGUGCCGCGCAUCGGCGUGGGCGAGACCGAAGUCACGCUUACCGUCAACGGCCCACCCAUAAUCUCCAGCAAUCCGGUCCAGUACGCCGUGCGGGGUGAGCGAGGCGAGAUUAAGUGCUACAUUGCCAGCACGCCCCCACCGGACAAGAUCGUGUGGGCGUGGAAGGAGAACGUGUGGGAGAAGGAGAAAGGCACGCUGAUGGAGCGCUACACGGUGGAGCAGAGCAAGCCACCGUCGCAGGGCGGCGGCGUGCUCUCCACGCUCACUAUCAACAACGUCAUGGAGUCGGACUUCCACUCGCCGUACAACUGCACCGCCUGGAACUCCUUCGGGCCUCGCACCAUGAUCAUUACCCUGGAGGAGACCGACAUCGUCCCGGUGGGGAUAAUCGCCGGUGGCACGGUGGGCUCGUGCAUGCUGGUGCUCCUGCUGCUGCUGGCUGUCGCCUUCUUCCUGUACCGCCAACGCAAAGCCAGUCGCCGAGGGGUGACGCUGAGCAAAGCCGACAUCAAAGUGGAGACGGUCAACAAGGAGACGCGCAGUCUGGAGGAGGAAGCGGCCAGCGUUUCCACGGCAACGCGCAUGGUCAAGGCCAUGUACUCGUUUCUGCCCUCUGUCUCCCUCUCUCCCUCCACUCAGCCCUUCAAAGAUGACAUGGAGCUCAAGCAGGAGGUGCGCAGCGAGAGCGACACGCGCGACGACUACGAGCUCAAGGAUCCAACAAACGGCUACUACAACGUGCGGGCGACCACCCACGACGAAGCCCGCCCUCAGUCUCGUGCCGUCCACUACCAGGGAGACUUCCGCUCCCCCAACUCCAACAGCGGAGCAGGCGGUGGCGCCGUUUCCGCCGCCCUAGCCACCGCCCCCGGCGGGGUGCCAGGCUCCCGGGCCGGCUGCUACGACCCGCGACCCCCCUCCCGCAUGUCCCACUCCACCUAUGCCCAGUUCAGCACCCUCACCCGGGCAGCCGCCGCAGCCCAGCAGGCGGCGCCUGACCCGCCGGGGGACCACCCGGGUGAUUACCCGGGGGACUGCGGGUUACUGGACGGCACCACCCAGCUGGCCUACGACAACUACGGGUACCCCUCGCAGUAUCACGGCUAUCGCGUGGCCUUUGCGCCGCCCGUGGAGGAGGGCCCGGCUUACGAGAUGUACCCCACGGGACCGGGUAGCAGACCGGAGCAGCAGAGCCCUGAAGCGGAGAAGUACGGCACGGCCACCCGCUUUUCAUACUCGUCGCCCCCUUCUGACCACUCGCAGAAACACACGCAGAGGAUGCAGACUCACGUGUGAAGGCAAACCACAUGCGCUGGCGUUAGCGAUAUGAAUGCUAAUCGGCGCUAACUACAAUCAGCAAAGAAAAGCACUUCUGACUAUUUUGGCUAACUUGAUCUUUUAUCCCGUGUACCACGAUAAGACAUGCGGUUAACCCAAAUUCAGUUUCUAAAUGAUAGGAAAUUUAAUUGCAAUGACAAAACCUGGAGGACUUAUAUCUGAAAUUGAACAGGAGGUCGGCCAUUUUGUGUCCAAGUGACUAAUUGGGGCGAAAGCCGACUCGAGUGCCUCACCCCUUACUGUUGUUACCUCACUGAUCCAGUGAGCAGGUCAUGAGAAAACCCAUGAAAAAGUCCCACAUCAAAAAUUGAUCAGGAAGUCCGCAUUUUUGAGUGAUUUCCAACUCUGCUCUGAGAGAGGUAUGUAGCGCCAGGCUAGUUGCGCUAACUGUCGCAAAAAAUAUAUAUAUACUGAUUAGUCCAAAUGUGGUGGCUGUAUCUGUCAAUCAAAAAGGACUAUUUUUUUGUCACUAAUAACAGGACACCAGCGAGUCCUUCCACCAUGACGCCCUCAUCUAGCAAUGAGGUCCAUGCUCGUAUGUGGACAUUUUGUACAAAAACAAGCCACAUAUCUUACCAUGCACUGCAGCAACAUGGCAGCUUGUUGAAGACUCAAAGCCGCGAGGGCACUCUCUCUUCCAGGAGCAGGUAGCAAAGCAAAUUUUCUACGCUCGUGACGCAUUUUGACAUCGGCUUUUUAGUCCAUUUGGUGUCUUGAGGUUUGUUUAAAAAAAGAAAAUACCUCUGCACCCUGGAUCCUCAAGUGUCAAAGUGUGUUUGUUUGUUGUCACUUGCGCAGUAGACUAGUCUUCUCUUUUUAAUUUAUCCUGAGACGAGGAGUACUUCAUAAAAAUGAUUAUUGUAUUUUUAUUAAAAAAAAAGUAAAAAAAAAAAAAAAAACACGGACCAAAGUUUCAGAGUUUUGCGACACUGGAUUUUUAAGACCAACAUUUUCACCAGGGAUGGAUGGACGACGGACAACGAGGGGUCUUUUUUUUUUUUUUCCUGUUUUUUUUUGUUUUGUUUUUAAUCUGAGCCCCUCAGACCACCAGUCCCCCGUGACUGGAAUGCCUUUUUGGACAGCAGGUGACUGCUGGCUUUCCACAGUGGAGUCUUAACAUAUCAAGGUGAAGCUGCAAAGGCUUCUGUGGAGCUCAUUUUGCUACUGUAAACAUGUCAAUGACAUGCCAAUAAAAUGGGAACGACACAACAUGUAAACAUGUAAUGCUUCCUGAAUGCAGCAAAAAACAAAA